AUGGGCAUUCUCGCGCUCGUCGAGGACCGGCCGACGCCCAAGGCCGUCUACAACUGGCGAAUCUACCUACUCGCCGCUAUUGCAUCAUGCGGCUCCAACAUGAUCGGGUAUACGAGUGCCUUCAUUGGUACUACGAUUACCCUCAAGUCCUUCGAGCAAGAGUUCGACCUCACAAACGCCCACACGACGCAGGCACAACGAGACAUGAUCAGUGAAAAUAUCGUGUCUCUUUUCAUUGCCGGGGCCUUCUUCGGGGCACUGCUCACCUACGGCGUGUCGCAUGUCUGUGGCCGCAAAUGGAGUUUGGUCCUUGCUUCGGCUAUUUUCACCGUCGGUGGCGGUCUGCAAUUAGGUGCGAAUCAUGCCCGAGGACUUGGGAUUAUGUACGCUGGGCGUGUGCUGUCUGGUCUAGGAACCGGCAUCGCGUCGAAUGUCAUUCCUGUCUAUCUUUCUGAACUGGCACCCCCGCUAUUCGGGGGCGGUUGGUCGGGAUGUAUGAGCUGGGCUGGCAAAUCGUACGGUGUUGAACAGCACAUGAACCCCAGCCACGAGCAAUGGAUCAUCCCAUUUGCCAUCCAGAUCGUCCCAUCGGGAAUGCUCUUCCUCGGUGCCCUCUGGAUGAAGGAAUCUCCCCGCUGGCUCUUUCUUAAGGGCUACCGAGACAAGGCUAUGCAAAAUCUCUGCUGGGUGCGCCAGCUAGAUGCAACAGACAUCUACAUCCAGGAGGAGGUAGCAGCCAUUGACCAAGCAUUAGAAUACCAGCGGGUCACUAUCGGCAUCGGUUUCUGGAAACCCUUCCAGGCAGUCGCCACCCGUCACAACGUGAUGUGGCGCCUGUUCAUCGGAUGCAUGCUGUUCUUCUGGCAGAACGGAUCGGGAAUUAAUGCCAUCAACUAUUAUUCCCCAACUAUUUUCACAAGCAUCGGGGUGUCGAGUGCCAAUGUGGGCCUGACCACCGGUAUCUUCGGUGUUGUCAAGGCUUUCAUGACCAUUAUCUGGCUGCUGUUUCUGGUCGACCAGCUCGGUCGCAGAAACCUGCUUCUCGGGGGCGCCAUCACGGGCUCGAUCUGCAUGUGGAUCAUUGGCGCCUACAUCUGUGUCACCAAGCCGCAGGCUCAUCCUAGCAGCCACCUCAGCAGCGGCGGUAUCGCUGCUAUCUUCUUCUUCUACCUAUGGACAGCCGUGUACACGCCAACCUGGAACGGCACACCGUGGGUUGUCAACUCAGAAUUCUUCGACCCCAACUUCCGAUCCCUGGCGCAAGCCGCCACAACAGCCAGCAACUGGCUCUUCAACUUCCUCGUCUCCCGAUUCACCGAGCAAAUGUUCGCAACAAUGCAUUACGGAGUAUAUUUCUUUUUCGCCUCGCUGUCCUUCCUGGCUUUCUUCUUCGCCUUCUUCCUUGUCCCGGAGACAAGCGGUAUCCCGCUGGAGAAGGUUGACCGUCUGUUCGAGUGCAAGCCUGUCUGGAAGGCCAAUGCGAUCCUGAAAGCGCAGCUUAAGGACGAGGAGGAGGAAUUUCGUUUUGAGGCUAAGGAAGGUCCGGUUCACCAGGAGAACGAUGGCCAUGAACAACAGGAACAACAAGUAUGA